AUGCUCCGUGCUUCCCGCCUGUUGGGAGGGAAUGGUGUCUGCGGGGAGGAUGACAUGGCUGAGCAGCCCAACACGGAGCCCGACAAGCAGCUCUCGCUCGCCUCCCGCAACCGCUUCAAUGGGCUGGCGAGGAAAACCGGGGAGAACGCUGAGGCCAAGGGGGAGCCGACGGCCCUACCCACGCCGGCAGAGCGGGAGGCAGAGGCUCACUUCGUGAGCACGGCACCCACACUGAAGCUCCUCAACCAUCACCCGCUGCUGGAGGACCUGCUGCACGAAGCCUUCCUGAAGAAGGACUACCUGGGCCAGGCGCCAUUCCUGCCUGCCGGCCCCGGCCCCCUUCUGCCCGCCGGACCCCGCGCCGGGGCCGGCGUGGUCCCCAGAGACGAGGAGGGGACCACCACCACCUCCACCAUCACCACCACCACCGUCACCACGCUGCAGGGACCAGCCCCCUGCAACCGAACCCUGGCGGGUCCUGAGGGCUGGCUGGUGUCCCCGGAGCCGGCCGUUGUCCCCUACGAUGGCAGCCUGGACUGCACCUACACCAUCUCCGUCUACCCUGGCUACGGCGUGGAGCUCAAGGUACAGAACAUCAGCCUGGCGGAGGGGGAGACGCUGACGGUGGAGAGCGUGGGGGGCCUGGAGCCCACCCUCCUGGCCAACGAGUCCUUCCUGCUGCGGGGCCAGGUCAUCCGCAGCCCGGCCAACCUCCUCACCCUCCGCUUCCAGAGCCCCCGGCCCCCCAGUCCCGGCUCCUACUGCUUCCGCUACCAAGCCUACCUGCUGAGCUGCCCCUUCCCAGCACGGCCGGCUUUCGGGGAGGUCUCGGUCAGCAGCCUGCACCCCGGCGGGGAUGCCCGUUUCCGCUGUGCCGCCGGCUACCAGCUGCAGGGCGCCCGCCGGCUCACUUGCCGCAAUGCCACCCGUCCCUUCUGGAGCGCCCGUGAGCCCCUCUGCCUCGCGGUGUGCGGCGGGGUGGUCCGGAAUGCCACGGUGGGACGCAUCGUCUCGCCCGGCUUCCCUGGGAACUACAGCAACAACUUGACGUGCCACUGGCUGCUGGAGGCACCCGCCGGCCACCGCCUGCACCUCCACUUUGAGAAGGUCUCGCUGGCAGAGGAUGACGACAGGCUCAUCAUCCGCAACGGCAACAACGUGGAGGCACCACCGGUGUACGACUCUUACGAGGUGGAGUACCUGCCCAUCGAGGGGCUCCUCAGCACCGGGCAUCACUUCUUUGUGGAGCUCACCACCGACAGCAGCGGGGCCGCUGCAGGCAUGGCGCUGCGCUACGAGGCCUUCGAGCAGGGGCAUUGCUACGAGCCCUUCGUCAAGUACGGGAACUUCACGGCCAGUGACUCCCGGUACCCCGUGGGCACCACGGUGGAGUUCAGCUGUGACCCCGGCUACACGCUGGAGCAGGGCUCCACCAUCAUUGAGUGCGUUGACCCCAGCGACCCGCAGUGGAACGAGACGGAGCCGGCGUGUCGCGCGGUGUGCAGUGGGGAGCUGACGGACACGGCCGGUGUGGUGCUGUCGCCCAACUGGCCGGAGGCGUACGGCAAGGGCCAGGACUGCAUCUGGGGGCUGCACGUGGAGGAGGACAAGCGCGUCAUGCUGGACGUCCGCGUGUUGCGGCUGGGCACGGGGGACAUGCUGACCUUCUACGAUGGGGACGACCUGACGGCGCGCAUCCUGGGCCAGUACACAGGCGCCCGUGGCCGCUUCAAGCUCUACGCCUCCACCGCUGAUGUCACUGUCCAGUUCCAGUCCGACCCUGGUGCCGGCGCCUUUGCCUAUCGGCAAGGCUUUGUCAUCCACUUCUCCGAGGUCCCCCGUAACGACACCUGCCCUGAGCUGCCGGACAUUGCCAACGGCUGGAAGACGUCCUCGCAGCCAGAACUGCUCCAUGGCACCGUGGUCACCUACCAUUGCUACCCCGGCUUCCAGCUGGCCGGCACCGACCUCUUGAUGUGCCACUGGGACCUGACAUGGAGUGGCGACCUGCCCUCCUGUGAGCGGGUGACCUCCUGCCGGGACCCCGGGGAUGCCGAGCACAGCCGCAGGGUGGUCUCCAGCCCUAAAUUCCCAGUGGGAGCUACUGUGCAGUACGUCUGCGACAAGGGCUACAUCCUGGCGGGUGCCGGGACCCUCACCUGCCACGACCGCGCCGCGGGGGGACCCAAGUGGAGCGACCGUCUCCCCAAGUGUAUCCCGGAGACGUAUGAGCCUUGCCACAACCCCGGCGUGCCGGCGGGCGGGCAACAGAGCCCCGAGCGGCGGCUGUACCCGGCGGGAGCCACCUUACGCUUCUCCUGCGCUGCCGGACGGGUGCUGCUGGGCGAGGGCAGCCUGCGCUGCCUGCCCGGGCACCCCUCACGCUGGAGCGGCUCCCCUCCCAUCUGCAAAGCCUCCUAUGAUGAGUUUUACAGCAACCGCAACCUGGAUGCUGUGGCCAAGGCCGUGCCCUCGGGGACGGCGCUGGAAGGCACCAACGUCGCCAUCGCCGUCUUCCUGCCCGUGCUGGUGGUGGCCCUGCUCAUUGGGGGCAUUUACCUCUACUUCUCCAAGCUCCAGGGAAAACCAGCCCUGCAGCUGCCCCUUGCCGGCUCCCACCCUUAUGACCACAUCACGGUGGAGUCGGCUUUCGACAACCCCACUUACGAGACAGGAGAGACGAGGGAAUAUGAAGUGUCCAUCUAG